CUGCACAACAGCUUCGUCGCAGACACGGGCAGAUAUCCGCGCUGGGCUUCGUGUGUUUCGGAUUUUAUAAACACGGACACAAUCUUCUGGAACAUUUUGUAACAGAGGGAUCUUAACGCUUUGGAAUAUUUCUUCACAUCUACAGUAUUUGUCCAAUUCAAAAUGUCGGGCAGAACAAUGAGACGGCAAGUACUGUUGUUUAUGUCGCUUUUGUCCCUCAGCUCAGUGUUCGGGCAGGUCACAUACUCCAUUCCUGAAGAAAUGUCGAAAGGCUCUCUUGUUGGAAACAUAGCGCAGGAUUUAGGGUUAGAUGUGAAAAGACUGAAGUCAGGUAAAGCUCGCAUAUAUACAGAGGACAAUGCAGAGUAUAUCGAGCUGAAUAAAGACAGAGGAGUCCUGCUUGUGAAAGAGAGAAUCGACAGGGAGGCGCUCUGUGGACAGACGACGCCUUGCGCUUUACAUCUUCAGAUUACACUGGAAGACCCGAUUGAAUUCUUCACAGUUACAGUCGAAAUUAAUGACAUUAACGAUAACGCACCCAGCUUCAAAAAGGAGGAGAUGAAAUUUAGGAUCAGUGAGUCGGCUGUGAUUGGAGCAAAAUUUGUGCUAGAGAGAGCUAUGGAUCUAGAUGUCGGUGUGAACGGAUUGCAGGGUUAUUCGCUGAAACCUACAGACAACUUUCAUCUAAAACUCCAAAAUCAACAAGAUGGGAGUAAAAAGGUGGAGAUGGUUUUACAAAAACAUCUGGACAGAGAGGCGCAAGAGCACCUCUCUUUAAUUCUCACAGCUACUGAUGGCGGGGAUCCUCAGCUGUCGGGAACAAUGCGAGUAGAGAUUUCAGUGCUCGACGCUAAUGACAAUGCUCCUGUAUUUACGCAGGAAGUAUAUAAAAUCACCAUAUUAGAGACUGCUCCAAAAGGCACAAUUUUGUGUACUGUUAGUGCAUCAGAUGCAGAUCAAGGUUCAAAUGGAAAAGUGUCAUAUUCAAUAACGAACACGUUGGAUGAUGUGCCUGUUAUGUUUCAAAUCGACGAACAAACUGGGGUGGUCGCUUUAUCUGGAAGCCUGGAUUAUGAAAAGGCACAGCACUAUGAAAUACACGUACAAGCUAGUGAUGAUGGAGGACUAACAGAUUCCUGUAAGGUUAUUGUUGAGGUGACUGACACGAAUGAUAAUUAUCCGUCUAUUAAUAUAAUGUCUAAAACUAAUUCAAUAUCAGAAAAUGCUAAACCGGGGACUGUAGUUACUAUAUUUAAUGUUCAAGAUCCUGAUUCCGGAGAAAAUGGCAAAGUCGCCUGUAAUAUCGAAGAGCACAUGCCAUUUCUGAUGAAAGCAACGUCGAAAAAAUUCUUUAGCUUAGUAACUGACAGUGACCUGGACAGAGAGAGAGACUCUGAGUAUAAUAUAACAGUGACGUGUUCUGAUGAGGGAGUGCCCUCCCUCUCCAGCAGCGUCACUCUCACCUUACAGAUCUCUGAUAAAGAUGAACGUUGA